AUGACGACUUUCAACCUGUUUCGCCGUGGCCAGCAUAAUGGUCAAAACACCAUAUCGACCGAAGAUGGUGUCGACUCAAGGGACGCGGUUCCCAAGUAUCCUAAGUCCACUAGAUCUAUCCCUGUCACCACGGAAAACUCUGUCACAAGGACACCGUCCUUAGAGAGUCCUACAAGUUCCUUGGGAUCCCCCUCAUUACAGAAACAGGAUAUCGACCUUGACUUGGAAAUGGUACCGAUGGAGACAGAGACACAUGGUCGACUGGGGUCAUGGAGAGGAUCUAUGAUCUUGCUGGUCACUUCAGGCUCACAAUUUCUGGACAAUGUAUUCAUGACAAGUUCAAACAUGGCACUGGCUUCCAUCCAAGAAGAAUUCGGUGUGUCCAGUACCAACCUACAAUGGAUGAUCUCUGCAUAUACGUUGGCCUUUGGCGGAUUUUUAUUACUCGCCGGGUCCUUGUCUGAUAGAUAUGGACGAAAGAUGAUUUUGUGUUUGGGCCUAUUUUGGCUUACUAUAUGGACACUCGCUAUUGGAUUUGGCCAGUCUUUUAUCCAACUUACGAUCUUUCGUGGCAUUCAAGGCAUUGGGGCAUCAUUGACCGUCCCGUCCGCCAUUGGAAUUAUAAGUUCCUAUUUUACAGGUGUUGACCGAACCCGCGGACUAUCAAUUUAUGCUGCUUCCGGAACAGUUGGAUUUUGUGCCGGUCUCAUUUUUGGUGGUUUUCUCACCUCGUCAUUGGGAUGGAGAUACCUUUUUUAUCUGAUCCCCAUCAUUCCUGGCUGUUUGUGUAUUUUGGGAUUGAUCGUGCUACCCAAGGAUCGUGAGGCAACCAAGGACAGACAGAGAAUGGACUAUUUUGGCGCCGUUUUGUCGACAGUUGGUCUUAUUCUCCUGCAAUUUGUACUCUCUAGUGGUGGUCGCUAUGGCUGGGGUAACCCAUUCAUCAUCUCGAUCCUGGUCUUGGCCGUGGGAUUCCUUGUUGGGUUUGUUAUAUACGAGAAGUAUAUCAGUAACCCACUGAUGCCGCUUUCUCUUUGGACUAUUCCCAAUUUUGCCGGUCUUUGGAUUGCUGGAUUCACCUGCUAUGGGAGCUACCAAAAUGUCAUCUACUAUAUCGUCUUGAUGGCUCAACAGGUAGACGGAUUGUCGGCCGGCGACACGGCCAUUCGAUUUUUGCCAAUGGGUGCGAUAGGAUUCAUCGUGUCAUUGGGGACCGGAAAGCUUCUUGAGUACAUGAAUGCAAAGUACUGCCUUAUUGCUGGCUUGGUUUUGUCCGUGUUGGCUGCAGUACCAAGUGCCGUGACAGCUACCAUCACCGAGAAUUUCUGGAUCAAUACUCUCGCCACAUCACUCAUCAGUAUAUCGGCCGUGUCUUUCAUCUUCGUGACGACGAGCACCACUAUUUUGACAAGUGUCCCGGUUGAAGUGAAAAGCCUGUGCGGUGGCAUGCUCAACACAGCAUUUCAAAUAGGAUCUGGAGUCGCUCUCGCCAUUUCCGCCGCAACCACCUCAGCAGUUGAUAUACAGAAAGGACACGGGCUCCCCCAGCAAUACUCAACCGGACUCUGGUGCUCUACUGGAUUCGCGGGUCUCGGCUUCGUCAUUGGAGUCUUCGCCGUCCGCCGGAAAGGAGCUUCACCUAAGGACCGACUCGGCGGUCCUGUGGCUGUAUAA